UCAACCUGGAAGAUUGACUAUCGACGAUGUUCCAUGAGUCAACGUGGCCAUGUCAGAAAACCACCGCUCAACAACAAGCGACCUAGGAUAUGGUCGGAGAUGCAGCGGGAGCAGAAAACCAAGAGCUUUGCAAAGACCAAGGUGUCCGACCUAAGUCUCUUGCAAAGAGAAAAGAAGACGAAGAAGGUCGCCAAGCGCAUGGACUCCUCGUUGAAUUGGAUGUCGGGCUGGGCCAAAUUGAAGACAGAGCAGGAGCAGUUGAGACCUGCAGAAGUUGAACCUGCCAUGGCGGUGGUGGAACCUCCCACGACCAUGGUGGAUGCACUUGAAGAGUUGCCAACAGGCACUCCUGAGAUCUUCUUGGCCUACAUCCAGCGUGACAUCAACUGC